GCGUAGCGCUCGAGCGGCGGCGGUGUAGCGGCGAGCCGGCACGCCGGUGGCACGGCAGGCAGUGAGUGCCGCGCGCCCGCGGGGACGGUCGUGUCGCCCUGCGUACUGAGCGCUCUCGUGUGUGUGACUUACGCGGUGCUUGUGUUACGUGCUCCUUCUACUAUAGUACGCAUAUUAUAGUAUUGUUCGAGUGACGCUUACUUCAAGCAUGCUGAUGGUACAAACCAACACACAACCGAUGAAGAGCAACAAGAUCAAAGGACCACCUCCAGUGCCUCCGCGGCCUAACCAGAGCGUGGUGGCGGAGGCACUGGCAAAAACGAGGAAGGCCGUUGCGGACUCAAAGGCUAGCUUUACGAAAUCGCGUGCCUUCUCCAAGCAGGAGAACCACUAUACGUCAAGAUCUAAAACUUUGGAUAGAGCCAAUACUGUCAGUGAGUCAACAGUGUCGCCCAAACAAAACGGAUUAGCAAGAGUGAAGUCGUUCAUCAGAGACGUAAUCAGCGAUCGAAGCUCUUCUUCAGAUGAAAGAAAGUCCAGUGGUCAAAAUUCCAGACGAAGCUCCAGCGACAGUAGUUCUAUUCCAACUCCAACAUCGAAUAAAAAGUCUAAUGAAUCGCUAAACUCUAAAGCAGUCAAAACCUGCAGACAAAUAUUAGUAAGAUCUCUCUCAACAUCGAAUAAAUUGGAUCAAGACUCAAAAUGCAAAGUAUCAAAGUCAUCUAGUUUUGCAGAGAAAACUCUACCUUUACGAAAAGCACCUCCGCCUCCGUUAUCUCCUAAACCUAAGUUAAAACCAAUGAAGCCUUUGCCUGUAAAUAAAAGUCCUGUACAUAGCAGUAAAACUAAGAUCUCACCAGACAUAAGUCCUUAUUCAUCUCCAAUUGAUGCGAAGCCUCCACAGAGUCCAGUGUCAGAAGCGCCAUACGCGUCCGUGGAGGAAAUGCAAGAAUUUGAUGACAGGCUGAGGAAUAGUCCGUCUAAACAAUUGAAUUCUUCUAAGGAGAUACAACAAGUUCCAGAAAGUCCAAAAGUUGAUGAAAAUGUAAACAAACAUACGAACUCAUUGGAAAGAAAAACAUCGAGAGUAACAGAAAUGUUAAUUUCAGAGAUUAUUGCUAGUAGAAAUAACGACAAAGACGAAGCGCACACCGUAAUAGAUAAGGGGAAAGAAAGUUCGAAGAUGAACGGCCACGAUGCUCCAGACAUGGACAAGAUGAAAGACAUGAACAACCACGAGAUGUUGAUAUACGAAUUGCAGACGAUGCGGUCACAAUCCAACGUGCCGGAAACAUUGGAUGCCGCGGAGUAUGCAGAAACAAAUGGACAGUGUGAUUCCGAGGACUCUGAACAGAACUAUGCCAUGUCUUCAGUAACCAGCGGGAACACAGACGAUGAUCAGGCUUACGCAUACAUAGUCGACGAUGACCUUAAGUCUAGACUUCGUAAGCAGUUCCGCGCAAUCAGCACCAUGUCUCUGCAAGGACUACCGCCUCUGCCGAAGAGUCUCAGUGGCUUCGCAGACGGUGAACCGGACCUCCAAGAAACCCCAUCACCGCCAUCAGACAAACCACCCACAGAUCUCGACUCACAACUCGCUUAUCUCAAGAAAGAAAUGGCGAGUUUACGGCAGCUGGACCUGUCCCUCCUAUCUGAGCUAUGGACGUUGAGCGAAGCGAUGGCGUCAUGGCGACGGCAGCUCGAGCGAGGGCCACGCCUUCGCCCGGCACCACCACCGCCGCCGCCGCCGCACUACCUUCGAACAUGAACACCAAUGACCAUUCAAUACACACAUUGACCACUCAUUCCCGUCAUAUUGCUCCCACACAUAAAGCUCUAUUAAAUUAACUGCCGCACUAAGAGUGAUUUAAUGAUUACUUAACCCAGUCCUUAGCAAUUGUUUUCAGUACAAAAUCGUUACUAAGGAAUAGUUUACGUAAUCAUUAAAUGUCUCUGAGUGCGGCAUUAAGACUAUCUUUAUUUCGGAUCUAUCUGACAGGUUUCGAGCUCCACCGAAUAGUUCGUGGUCGAUUUCGAGAAGCAUCAGAUACUACUCAGAUCAUAACCUAGCUCUAAUAACGAAACUCACUCCCGUUUUUUAUAGAAAAGGGAGGAACUUGAAAUCAAUCGAUGUGUUCUUGAGUUUCCUGUGGUGUGUCUGUGUGCGUACAAUAAUGAUGAUAAUACAGUGAUGUUAGUGUGUGUCGUUUAAAUUGUCUCUUAAGUUGUAAGAAACAUGUUCAGUGUCAUAAUAAUUGAACCAAGGACUGAUAUAGGUUCAAGUAAAGCUGGGUUGCCAACCUAUUAGAGACUAGGCUUUUUAGAUUAUAAUGUCAACCUGUCUAGCAGUGACUUUCUUAGACAUUUGAAAUAAUCGCUGUACUCUGUAGCUCUAACUGAAUAAGGCAAAAUGGUAGCUCUUAAGCAAAGGAGUUUAUGUAACAUUUUUAGUUAUUUGAUGUGGCAACCCCAGCGUCGACAUAAGGUGUGAUUCCACCAGGUUUUUUUCUCUAACAAUGUGGAGUGAACAAUUUCAUUGUAUUUAUAUAGUUAUUAAUAAAAUCUUGUAAAUAAAGAAGUUGUCGUGACUAUUACA